AUGGAGUUCCUGUUUCGUCAGGCCAAGCUCGAUGUGCGCUUCAUCGACCCCUCGCACAAUUGGGGCCCAGCAAAGUCGAUGCCUUUCCUCCAUCUCCCGCCUCGAUUCCGCAGCAGGGGCUCGUCGUCACUCCUCUCCGCGGUCGAGAUUCCGCAUUUGAUCGAUAAUGAGUACCCUACAUCUCGAUUGGAGCUGGGCGAAAAGCAGAAGUCGGCGUGGGAGGACCGCUCGACCGAGCUAGAAGCACGGAGCUGGCAGAGCCUCAUCCAGGGUCGAAUCAUGGCCGGCGUGCUGCUCGCUGUUUUACUUUCGCCUCAAUCAGCAGCGUACGUCAAGACAAAUUCGCAGCCCUACCUCUCUUCACUCCUCUCCGCACAUCUUCAAAAUUCGUUCUUCGAUCAGCAGCUCCGGCGCAUCUCGGCACUCAACCCGUCUGCGUCCAUCGCAGCAGCGUCGUCGUCGUCGUCGGCCAGCAACUCCUCGACAUCGGCUCAGCCGACAACAGCCCUCCCUGGCUGGGAGGUGGGCUUCCUCGGCUGGAUUGGCGCAACCACUGCUUCGGCCGCUUCCACCUUCUCGGCAGCAGACCUCGACUCGCGAGGCGGCGGGGACACACCAGGUGCUACACUUGCCAGCGCAUCUGUCGACCAAGACAAAGUGACUGCAGACGCAGCUGCUGGUCUGCAGGCUCUUGCUGCACGAACGAAGGGACAAUUGUCUUCUCAAACCUCAGACGAUUCGCAGUUUUUGCUCGACGCAGAACAACCGACAUCGCUUGAUGCUCUGGCAUUCAGCGUGAUACACACUGUUCUGACGCUUUCUGCUACGCCUCAGUCGGAAGGGAAGCUGGCAAACGAGCCCCUCGCUAAACUCAAACGAGUGCUCGAUGAAAGCCCGUGGCUGGUCGGAUGGUCCCGACAGAUUUGGAAGAAGUACCUCAAGGAUUUGGAUCGCUCAUGA